CCUCACCCAGCGGCCAUUGGCCGCACAGGCUGCCGUUCGCGGCCUCUCCGAAUCUCCCCCCUCAAGGAAGGUUUGAAAGUUGGGCGGGUGGCAACCCUCGAGAAACUACCAUGAAGUAGAUUGGGAGGCACAAGUGAAGUGGGAAAAAAGACUUAAGGGUGGAAGAAGCUAUGAAAGGUGACAGGAUGGUUGAAGAUAGUGGAGUCUCUAACUCCAGCAUUGAGUUUUGGCUGAACAAGACUCUUGAGUGGGAUCAGAUCACCACUUUAGAAUCUCAGCAAGAUGUCUGCCUUCACUUGCCUGAAUUACAGGAAUUUCUCCUGCAGAUUUAUGGAGCUUUGAAACAUAUGAACUCGACAACUGCAGUCCAAAAAUUUCCAUUAAUUGGUCAGUUAUUAGGAAGACUUUGUUGGAAUCCUUUUGUCAUUGGUUAUGAUGAAUGCCAGAAGAUUCUGAUGUGCUGCUUAUGUUGUCUGUACAGUGGUGAACCACAGAGCCCUCUGGAAUUGAAGGCCAACAGCUGGAUACAAAAGUCAUUGUGCCAUCUGCUGUCAUUUUGUGGACUGGGAAAUCAUGAUGCUGAUGUUAAUAAGUUUAUUUCAACUCUUGGCUUCACAUCAGCAGAUUACUACUCUAAACUCAUUGAAAAUACAGUCUCAUCAUUAGUGAUGGAACUCGGCAGAACCCAGGUUAAUGGAUUUAACAGUCAACAAAACAUCUCUUGUCGAGUAACCUCCAUGUCUCUUCUCUGCAUACCUCUUAUAACUCUGCCUGAUAUAAAACCACUUCUUGAAGCUCUCCUUAACUAUCAUGAUCAGGGACCACAAGAAGUGCUUCACUCUCAGUUUUUAGAAGCAGUGAAUGAGGCUAUACUACAGAAAAAUAUCUCAUUAUCUGAAACUGCUGUCCUGCAAUUAUGGCUUCGUCACUUUCCUAGUCUGGAGAAGGCAAUACUACAAAAUAUUGAACAAUUAAUAUCCAGUCAAACAAGAUCAAUGCAAGAGAUGGCAUGUGUGAUAAAAGAUUCGUUAUUGCACCAAGCUGCAUGUUAUCCAGCUGUCUUUAGAACUAUUGAUGAAAUUUUCAAGAAUGCACUGCUGGAAACUGAUGGAGCUGAAGAAAUAAUGACUGUAAUGCAGGUGUUUACACAGUGCUUUGUUCAAGCUUACCAUGAGAAUAAUAAACAGCAUAAAUUUCCACUAAAGGCCUAUUUUCCUCAUAAUCCACACUCACUUGUGAUGGCUCUCCUUAAACUUCCUUCAGAUUUGCCUAGUAAUAGUCUAUAUCAACAUUUAGACCACCUUGCUGGAAUGCUCAAAACGACAGUAGAGGUCAAAGACUCUGAGUCUUUGGACGACCUCUUCAACCACUGGUUUUUGUUGAUUCACUUUGGCGAAUGGGCUGAUCUUGCAGCUAAGCAGUUGCUGCUGUCACAAGCAGAGUCUUCUAACUUGUUGUGGCUUUUGGUAUUUUACUAUAGUCCAAACAACAUGAAUCAGCAGGGAACUCAAAUAAUGGUAGAAGUUAGAUCUGUAUGUGACCAUCUGACAAGCCUCUCAAGGAUGCCAACCAUUUCUGUUGCAGACCUACAAACUUUAUUCAGCAGCAAAACCACUGUACAGCAUUCUGCAACUAAACAUAUUGUUAUACAUCUGAUUAUCACCUUUGUGCUGUUUACUCCUAAUGGACACACCAUAGCCAGAGAAUUGAUUGCAUGCAUUCUAGCUGAAAGCGAUGAAAUCUCACGAGUAACUGGACUUCUUAACCAUAUCGCAAAUACAGCUAGCCAACUUGGAGUGAAAUAUCAAUGCUCUGGAAAGCUGGCAAAUGAUCUGCUCCAGGAAUUCCGAUGUGGUGCUUAGUACUUAUUCAGAAUUAUGGAAUAAAAAGAGAAAAAGUAACUGUUUUCCAAUGGGCAUUUUCUGAAAAGACUCUGGGAGGCAAGUCUGUUAUUUGUAAUUCUGUAUAUUAUGACAUUCAUGUGAUUUUUCUGCAUUUGUAGAAGUAUCUUCAAAGUUACUUAAAAGUGCAUUGUAAAGCUAUUUUGUCUUUCUGAGAAAAUGUUUAAAAAAUAGCUUUAUUGAUGCCAUCAUUUACAAUCUGAUUAAACAGCUUAUUUCUGCUAUA